CUGCCGCUGCUGGAGCAGGUGGCCCGCCUGAGCCGCCCGCUGCUGAUCGUGGCCGAGGACAUCGAGGGUGAGGCGCUCGCCACGCUCGUCGUCAACAAGCUGCGCGGCACCCUGCAGGGCGCGGCCGUCAAGGCGCCGGGCUUCGGCGACCGCCGCAAGGCGAUGCUCGAGGACAUCGCGAUCCUGACGAACGGCAAGGCCAUCACGGAGGACCUCGGGCUCAAGCUCGAGAACAUCCGCGUCGAGGACCUCGGCAAGGCCAAGAAGGUGACGAUCGACAAGGACAACACGACGAUCGUCGAGGCGACGGGACCCACGGCGGCCAUCGAGGGCCGCGUCAAGCAGAUUCGCGCGCAGAUCGAGGACACGACCUCCGACUACGACCGCGAGAAGCUGCAGGAGCGGCUCGCGAAGCUGGUGGGCGGCGUGGCGUGA